AUGGAGCUCCUGCUGCUGGUGCUGCUGGCCACGACCCUGGCCACCGGCAUCCCCCCACGCUGGCCAGACCUUAACAGUACCCUCAGGGAGAUUCAAUUGAGUAUGGCCCCCAACUCCUUCGAUGACCAGUACUUGCGCUGCCGCAUCAAAAUGGCGAAGGCUCUGAGGAGACUCAACCGCACUGAGUUUGCCACCAACAGCGACUACGCUGAAGCCUGGGGCAAGGCCACCAUCAAAUGGCACAGCCGCAAAUCUGUGGCGUCCCAGCUGCAGCAGGAACAGGCCAUCGCCCUCAUGGCCUACUCCAUGGAGGAGGGCCUGUACUCGGAGUUCAACAAGGCCGUGCGCAGCGCCGGGCGCUCCCGCCAGGAAUACCUGCGCAACUUCCCCUUCAAGGUGGUGCAUUUCCUCCUGACCGAGGCCGUGGAUAACCUGCGGGAAGCCCCGAGCCACCCCCGCUGCCUCGACGUGUUCCGGGGGACUGAAGGGAUCCGGUUCCUCACUGAGCCCGGCCGGAUCAUUCGCUUUGGCCAGUUCGCCUCCAGCUCCCUGCUGAAAAACGUCAGCGAGCACUACGGCACCGACACCUUCUUCGAGGUGCACACCUGCCGCGGCGCCAACAUCCGAAACUUCUCCCACUACCCUCACGAGGAGGAAGUCCUCAUCCCGCCCUACGAGACCUUUAAUGUCACCAGU